AUGGAAAGUGAUGUCCGCUUCACUGUUGCGGAACUAGUGAAAGCAGAAUUACGCGGUGUGACCCAGUUUGUGUGCAGUUUCAGAUCAUCAUCAACCUCUGGAUGUGGACUGAUUGAUUACAAGAAGACUUGGCCCGAAAAAAUAUUACCCUUGACCUGCUGCCAAAAUUCUGUAGAUUCACAUCUACAGAAGCAUUCCAUCAAUCGCAGAAGUAUACAAAAUGAAUGUGACUUAAUAAAGACGAGGGCAGGCCUUUUUAAUGAGGACGAUGAAACACUUACCAUCUGCCCAAAACACAGAUACAUUCUUGGGGUUGGGUGGAGAUCAAGCAAGAUGUGUUCCUUAGGAUGGAAAUGUGCCAAAAAGAGCCGGAGCAAUUCAAAAGGAACCAUUACAAAAGAACAAUCAUUCUUUCUCAAGAAACAUCAUGAUGUCCUUAUACAAAUUGGUUCAGGAGUAUGCACCAACUGCAGGAAAGAACUGGUACAAAAAAUGGUAACAGCUUCUGCAGAAAUGGAACAAGAAGAAAGUACAAAAUGUAAUGUAAGUAGUGACAACAAAGAGUAUAACAUUGACCAUAACUUUUACAUGGGAAGUGAUACAGGGAGUUGA